AUGAAGAUCCUUUUACUUACCCUUGUUGUUUUCACUGGUAAGAAAACUUGAAAAGAUUUACUUGUUUGGUUAAGAAAUGACCUACAGGCUUUCCUGUGGAGAGAACAUGCACUAGUUUACAUCUUUAAUUUUCAAAUUCUGUGUUUAUUCAACAGGCUGUCAGGCCAACCUCCUCCAGGCUGAUGACCCAAAGCCACAGCCUGAAGUGUUGAGAGAUGCAAUCUCUGACAGUAUGAUGAUAGUCUUCAAGACAGUUGAUGACACCUAUGAGAAGUUCAAGAGGACAACGUUUGGACAUAUUGUAAUGUAGGUUUCGAAAUCAUUUGGGAAUAAUGUUUGUCAUACGUGGAAGUGAUCAACAUGUUAUUCUGCUUUACAAAUCAGGAAACAAGUUGUUGAUUUUUUUUUUAACACAGACUUGUUCACUCUCUUUAGUCAAUAUCUUGAGGACGGGCUCAAUGGUGCCGUCACCUUUGCUAUAGGAGUCCAUACUCUGCCCCCUUCUGAGGUCAAGGACAUGGUCACAACAGCUGUCAAUAUGGUAUAUGAGAUGCCAAUGUUUGUGCAUCAGCAGGUGCUGACUCUCGGAGACAAACUCCAGCCUGUGGCUGAGAAGGCGGCCCCUGUAAUAGAGAUUGUUGCAGGUGAGCUGACUCAGAGAGCACAGCAGUUGAGCGACAUGGCCGCUCCCCAAAUUGACAAGCUGAUAGACAAAGUGGAUCCCCUGGCCAAAGAAGUCCAGGCUCAUCUUUAUACAUUUUAUGAGACAUUAGUCAAACUAAACAUCAUCAACUAAAUUGUUUUGUAGUGAAAUUUUACUUACUUCAAAACUUGAAAAGAAGAAAAAUGUGUAUGCUUUUAUCUGUAAAUAAAAUGAAGUAUAAGACAAACUUGAGUCUGUUCUUUAAUGAACAAAUGCCUAAAUGGAGUUUUGGUGAAGUCUGAGAAUGCAAACUACAGUUCUUGUCAAAUGAAGACAGAAGCUCCUAGCAUCAAAAAUUGAUAUAAUUGUCUGCCUGAUGCAGACCAUUGCAGAUGAUGCAGCUGGGGUCAGGCAGGUCUGUAGCACCAGUCAUGGAGGAAUCUAAGAGAUGAGGGAGCUCAGGGACACUCAGAGAGACCUGGUUGGUAACUUUAAUGUGACAUGAAGAUCUAAAGCAGAAUGAGAGGGACAGACAGGAGCUCAUUGUGCCAGUUCCCCUGGCAGUCUAAACCUAUAGCAGCAUUACUACGAGUUGGUUCAUGCCUAACCAGCCCUAACUAUGAGUUCUAUCAAAGAGGAACAUUUUAAGUCUACUCUUGAAAGUAAAGAGGGUGUCUGCCUCCAGAACCUCAAGGGGUCAAUGAUUCCGGAGGAGAGGGACCUGAUAAAUGAAAGCUCUACCUCCUGUAAUACUUUUAGGGACUAUUGGUAUGACAAGCAGACCUGCAGACUGUGAGCGUUCAGGUCUAGAGGGGGAAUAGGGUAUUACACACUCUUUAAGAUUCGAUGGAGCCUGGCCAUUAAGAGCUUUGUAUGUCAUAAGAAGGGUUUUAAAUUCAAUUCUGGAUUUAAUAGGGAGCCAGUGAAGAGAGGCUAAGACAGGAGAGAUGUGCUCCCUUCUUCUAGCUCUAGUCAAUACCAGAGUUGUGGCAUGUCGGACCAGCUGUAGAGUCCCUAAAGACUUAUCAGAACAGCCUGAUAAGAGAGAAUUACAGUAAUCCAGUCAAGAGGUAAAAAAAAAGCAUGGACUAGUUUUUCUGCAUCAGUCUGGGACAAAAUGUGUCUGAUUUUUGGGAUGUUGCACAGGUGGAAUAAGGCUGUCAUAGAAAUUCUGAUCAAGUAAACCCCCCAAGGUCCCUUACAGUGGGUCUGGAUGACAGACUGAUGCCAUCUAACACGGUUAUAUAAUUGGGAAAUGCCUCUCUAAGAUGUUUAGGGCCGAGAACAAGAACUUCAGUUUUGUCUGAGUUGCGCAUUAUAAAGUUUUUGCCAUCCAUGACUUUAUAUUGUUGAAGCAAGCCUCUAGUGAGGUUCCCUGAUUUGUUUCUUUUGGUUUUACAGGUAAGUAAAACUGAGUUUCAUCUGCAUAACAAUAAAAAAUUAACUGAGAAUUUCCUGAUAAUUUCAUCAAGAGGGAGAAUGAACAAAGUGAAGAGAAUCUAUCCAAGCACUGAACCUUAUGGGACACCGUCAUCGAUCGUAUCAAACGAAGCACUAAGAUCUAACAGGACAAGAACAGAGAGAAACUCACUGUCUGCAGCCAUCAGAAGGUCAUUUGUCACAUUCAGCAACGAAGUCUGCGUGCUGUGGUGUGGUGGACUCAAAAUCUGGACUAAAAAUCCUCCAAUAAACUGUUGAUAUGAAGAAAAUCACAAAGUUGCUUAGCAACAACUUUCUCUGGGAAUAUAGAGCUAAAGGGGAGGUUUGAAAUAGGCUUAUAGUUAACUUCAAGAGUCAAGAGUAGUUUUUUAAGAAGAGUUUUAAUCACUGCAGCUUUAAAAGAGUGGGGCAUCUAUCCUGUUAAAACGACAUAUUGAUCAAGCUAAGUGAAGAUUUAUUAAUUACGGGAAGAGCUUCUUUCAGCAGAUCAGAUGGUGUUGGAUCUUAAAGACAUGUUUAUGGUUUAGCUACAACUGAAUUUUAUUCAGGAAGGUAUUAAUGAGUUAUACAAGAAUCUUUUUAUGACAAAUUCAUAAGAGAAUAAAAAAAGUGGGUUAUGUACUCAGCGUGCAAGUAUAGUAUGUUUAGUGUCAGCCUGUCCAUCUGUUGGUGAGGUUGUAGUGUCAGAAUCAGUAAAUGGACAUGUCAUUGUAACAUGUCAUCAGCCAGUCAGGAGGUUGACAAGAAAAAGAGAAAAGUAAAACCCCAGUAGUUUGGCUGAGUUCUAACCAAAAAUGGGAGAACCAGCAAAUCUUGAUUUAUGAAGGAUUUGCAUGAAGAUGGGAGCAGCAAGGGAUGGGAACACUUUUAAAUUGAUGGGCCCAUAUUGUGACCAAUCAUCUGCUGACCACUGAAAGGACUUUCUGGCCCACCAGGAACCAGGUCAAGACAAAAAAAGCAACAUGCAAAUGCAUGAGCAUGGUUUGAAAGUCUAUACCCCUUUAUUGUAACCAGUACCCAUGGAUUUGCACAGCAGGUGCACAGACUGCAAAUCUGAACCCCAGGAUGAGCUUUGUUAUAAUGAUUUUAUGAAAAUUGAAAUGAUUAUUUAUUCUUCAUACUCAUGGCAAACAAUUCUUUUUAUUCUAGUCCAUCAUUAACCUUCAGUUUUGGCCUGUGCAUAUAGGUGCUGCAUGGCACAAGAUUGGAGAAGAAGAGGGUGAGGCCAGAUGACAGCAGGGCACUGGCACCUGGACUUUGGGCUUCUCACCAACUGUCUUGCUAUAUAAGCUGCAGAAUCUCACCAUCCAGGCACAAACACUGCCAAGUGGACUUGUAGAGACAAACUGCCAAACAGCCAUGAAGAUCCUUUUACUUACCCUUGUUGUUUUCACUGGUAAGGAAACUUAAAAAGAUUUACUUGUUUGGUUAAGAAAUGACCUACAGGCUUUCCUGUGGAGAGAACAUGCACUAGUUUACAUGUUUAAUUUUCUAAUUCUGUGUUUAUUCAACAGGCUGUCAUGCCAACCUCCUCCAGGCUGAUAACCCAAAGCCACAGCUCGAAGUGUUGACAGAUGCAAUCUUUGACAGUAUGAGGAUAGUCUUCAAGACAGUUGAUGACGCCGGUGAGAAGUUCAAGAGGACAACGUUUGGACAUAUUGUAAUGUAGGUAAUAAAGUCCUAUGCAAGUAAUUUGCAGCAUUGAUGGAACUAAUCAACAUGUUAUUCUCCUUUACACAUCAGGAAACAAGUUGUUGAUUUUUUUUUUAACACAGACUUGUUCACUCUCUUUAGUCAAUAUCUCCAUGACGGGCUCAAUGGUGCCAUCAUCUUUGUCAUAGGACACGAUACUCGGCCCCCCCUAGAGGUCACGGACACGAUGGCAACAGCCGUCAAUGUAAUGUCUGAGAUAUCAGGCUUUGUGCAUCAGCAGGUGGAGACUCUCCGAGACAAACUCCAGCCCGUGGCUGAGAGGGCGGCCCCUGUGAUGGAGAUUGUUGCAGGUGAGCUGACUCAGAGAACACAGCAGUUGAGAGACAUGGCCAUUCCCCAAAUUGACAAGCUGAUAGACAAAGUGGAUCCCCUGGCCAAGGAAGUCCAGGCUCAUCUUUUAUAUGUUAUGAGACAUUAGUCAAACAAAACAUCAUCAACUAAACUGUUUUGUAGUGAAAUUUUACUUCAAAUAUUGAAAAGCAGAAAGAUGUGUAUGCUUUUAUCCGUAAAUAAAGUGAAGUAUAAGACAAAUUUGUGUCUGUUCUUUAAUGUACAAAUGCCUAAAUGGAGUUUUGGUGACGUCUGAGAUUGUGAACUACAGUUCUUGUCAAAUGAAGACAGAAUCUCCUAGCAUCAAAAAUCAACAGUAAACUGUUUUACAAAAGACCUGUGCGAGAUCACUUUAACCCCCAAACUGUUGUACUGAUGGCUUGGACCAUCUUUCAGACUGUCUGUACAGAAUCAAGAGUGGAUAUCUCACUUCACAAUUAGGGGGACAACAAAUGAGACAAUUUCUAAGGAGCAGAGUGGGGGGGCAUAGAGGAAACUGAUUUAUAAAUGUGCGCUAUAUGUAAUAAAUCACAGACUAAAUGUAAAUUUAUCCUUUCCUGUAAGAAACCAGUGUCUCUAUGGUGAACGAGUGGGCUAUAUCACACUCCCUAACCAUCCAGAGUAAGUGAUAAGGCUCUCUGAAAGAGUAGGCAGUGUAUAAGAAGGACCAUAAACCAAAAGAAAAGCUAAAACAGAGAUGGAGUUGCCUCAUGUUUGAAAUACUGAAAUUGUCUUACAACAUUUAAAUCAAUCAAUCGGCUUUUAAUUCAGCAAAGACUCUCAACACAAACUUAAAUCUACUCCUGUAUCAAUGAUUUUUACUGACUAAUUUCUUUCAGUGAUACCUCAAAGUUUUACUUGUUACUUUUUAAGGACUUCUUUGCUUUGGUCUCAAGAACUCCUGUACUUUCACCAGCCAGUGAGCAGACUCAAACCCUCUAGCAAAAACCUCUUUGUUCAUAAAUAUUCAAAAACUAAAGGGGACCUAGAAGUGUCUGUGAAGGACACCUCAGUAGAGGAACAACCUGCUUGAGAAACUGAUGAGUUAAAUCGCUCUAAUAAUUCAAUAAAUAAUUCAAAUAGACUUAUUUCAAAUUGACAUCUCUAGUAGAUUUUACUGAUUUGUUUUUUUGUUUUUGUUUGGUAAAACACUACUCAGUAUAUAAGUACAACAUGUUCAGUUUGGGCCUGUACAAAAGCAUUGUGUAGCAUAAGAUUCAAGUACGAAGAACAGGGUGAGGCCUGGUGACAGCGAGACACUGGCACCUGGACUUUGGGAUCUUUGCUCUUGGUCUCACUCUAUAAGCUCUCAACACCUAAGUACAAGUGCUGCCGAGUGAGCUUGCAGACACACACUGCCUUGGAGCCAUGAAGAUCUUUGUUGUGCUUGUCCUUGCUGUUUUCUCUGGUGAGUAUGAAGGAAAUAAAUCAUUUCACUGAGAGUAAAUUUUAGAAAGUUUGAGAGUACGGUGACAAAAAUGAUGAAAUAGCUUUGCUGGGGAGUUACUGUUCAUUUAAUCAAUUGUGUGUUCAUCCAACAGGCUGUAGUGCCAACCUCUUUCAUGCUGAUGAACCCAAGUCACCGCUGGAUGUGUGGACUCGUGCAGUUGAUGACUGUGUGAAGAUAGCCUUCCAGGCAGCCGACAACACCUAUGAGAAGGUCAUACUGACUAAGUUUGGACAUGAAAUAGAGUAAGUCAUGCAGACAUUUAGGUACUGAUUUAUAAUGUAGUAUGGAUGGAGGUCACUGACAUACUAUCCACCACAAAAGAUCAGGAGAUAAUGAUUAACUUUUUCUUCCUUUUUACUUAGUGAACGACUAAAGGAGGCUGCUGAUUUUGCCUUCAGGACUACAGGCAAAGCCUAUCAUGAGCUCCCUCCUGAGACCAAGGAAAUUAUUAGAAAUUUUGCAGAUACUGUUUUCAGCGUGGGAAAAUUUGUGGAAGAUACACUGAAACUGGUCAACAAAGAACUUCAGCCUUUGGCUGAGAUGAUGGCUCCUGAGAUACAGACGAUGGCAGAUGGGCUGGUUACGAGUGCUCGACUGGUGGUAGAUACGGCCUCCCCAUAUGUUGAUAAACUGGUUGAAAACGUGGACCCCUUUGCCCAGGAUGUUCAGGCUCGUCUUAUCUCCCUGUACAAACGUUUUCUCUAA